AUGGAGACUCGCGGCGGCGGUAGCCAGUCCUACGGCUUCCCGAUCUACUGCGCCGCCUGGCUCCCGCUCGCCCACAUCCUCAAGCCCGACCCUCCCGCCGCCGAGGCGAACGCGGACGCGGAUGCCGCCUCCCCCUACUCUCCCCCGCCUCCGAUGGCUGUCCUCGGGGGCGGCGGCGGGGAGGGCCGGAGCGGCGUGCCGAACAAGCUCGUGGUGGCGGCCCUCGCCGCCGGCGAAGAGGCCGCGCCGGCCGCCCUCUCCACCGAGACGGUGAUUGAGGUGAAGACCCGAGAGGAGGUGCCGUACAGAAUGGCCGUCCACCCGCGCGGCGACGGCGUGUUCUGCGCCUUCCCCAACGGCUGCAGGUUGUAUCGAUGGGAAUCACAGGAAGGAGAGGGACCACAGAACCUGGCUUUGGAGCCAGAUCAGGAAGCUUUAGCAGAGCUGAAAGAUGUUGGUUUGCAGUUGGCCGUAUCCUUCAGUGGAGAAGGUUCAAUACUUGCCAUUGGUGGUGAGGAUGGGCAUUUAAGAGUCUUCAAGUGGCCUGCCAUGGCAUCUGUUCUCACAGAAACUGAUACGAAAACAUCAAUUAAGGAUCUUACGAUCAGUUCCGACGAUAAGUUUGUUGCUGUGAAUAGGAGCAGUGGCCCAUGUAGAGUGUGGGAUUUGCAGUCAUCUGAAGUUGUAGCUAGUCUGCCAAGAGAAGCAGGGGAAAUAUUUGGAUUCUGCAGAUUCUGUAAUAAGACUGACAACAGUCACGUCCUAUUUAUAACAGCGAUGCAAGGUGACUAUGGAAAAAUAGUAUCUUGGAAUACUACCUCAUGGACGAGAAUCGGAUCAAAGAAAAUAACUCGUGAGGCAAUUUCAGCUUUUGCUGUGUCACCCAAUGGUGCUCUUCUUGCAAUUGGAACAAUCGAAGGAAGCAUCAUCAUAGUUGGCUCAAAAGACAUGAGGACACUUGUAACAGUUAAAAAGGCUCAUCUUGGUAUUGUUACUACACUGGCCUUCUCUCAAGAUUCAAGAACAUUGCUGUCAACUUCCUUUGACUCUUCUGCAAGGGUGACAUCUGUUGGGUCCCCGAAGAGUAAUGGUAUGUUGCAUCUUUAA